AUGGCGUUCCGAGCAGUUGGACAGAGCAUACUGAAGAAAAGCCCCAAUGACGUGGUAUUCCUCUCGGCUGUGCGAAGCCCGAUCACCAAAGCUUUCAAAGGUGGGUUCAAGGAUGCUUGGCCGGAGGAUAUUCUAAGACCUGUCAUGCGGGAAGCUACGCGCAGGGCCAACAUUCAACCUGGCGACGUCCAAGAUGUUCUGAUCGGCAACGUCCUCGCCGAGCUCGGAUUCUCCAAGACAGGCAGAAUGGCGCUGAACGAUUGCGGCUUCCCCGUUUCGACAACCUUCCACACCGUCAACAGGCAAUGUUCUAGCAGCCUGCAAGCCAUAACACACCAGGCGCAUGCUAUCCUGGCGGGCCAAAUCGACGUCGCUUUAGCCGGUGGCGUCGAGAGCAUGUCGAAGAACUACGCCUCCCGCGGCCGUCCGACUGACGUUUCGCCUUCACUUCAAGCCUCGACCGUCAAACAUGCAACCGACUGUCUGCUUCCUAUGGGUAUCACGUCGGAAAAUGUCGCGCGGCGAUACGCUGUUUCACGCGAGGAUCAGGACGAUUAUGCCUUUCUGAGCCACCAGAGGGCAGAGGCAGCACAGGCCGCGGGAAAGUUUGACUCCGAGAUCGUGCCCGUCACGUACAGCUCGCCCGUCGAAAUUGAUGGGACAAAGCAGACGACAAGGUUUACAAUCUCGCGUGACGAUACCAUCAGGCCUGGCGUAAAGAGAGAAAAGCUUGGGACGUUGAAACCGGCGUUUGCCGAAGAUGGUGCCAGCACCGCAGGCAACUCGUCGCAAAUCUCAGAUGGGGCGUCAUCAGUCAUCCUCGCGCGGCGAUCAUGGGCCGAUUCCCGGGGGCUGCGACCCAUCGGUCGCUUUGCAGGGACGCAAGUGCUGGGAUGCGAGCCGGACGAGAUGGGCGUUGGACCGGCGCUCGCCAUUCCAGCGUUGCUCAGGUACGCCGGAGUUGAACUGAAGGACAUCGACGUGCUUGAAAUCAAUGAAGCUUUCGCAAGCCAGGUUCUUUAUGUUCUUCGAGCCCUAGGACUCGACGUCGACAAGGUCAACCCGAAUGGGGGUGCUAUUGCGCUUGGGCAUCCUACAGCGGCUACAGGGGCGAGGCAGGCGGCUACAUUGCUAGCUGAGCUGGAACGAUCCGAUCGCGAGCUGGGGAUCGUCAGCAUGUGCACAAGGGGCGAUGUCAGGCCAGGGAUCUAG